AUGUGGCAGGAGGAAGAAUUAGUUGUAAAGAAUAAUACUUCUGUUCAAGAUCAAGAUUUUAUUUUUCGAAAGCCUCUCGAAGUCGAAUUGAGGUUUCCCAGGGAGAAAUUCAAGAAGUUUUAUGGAGUUUCUCUUCCUUCCAUUUCUGCGAGUGAAAGCAGUGAGCCCUUAGUGUUUGAAGAUAAAAUAGCUGCUUUGAAGGCCAUCAAAACUCACAAAGGUGCUCGAUUUAAAGAAUUCUCGAGCAAAGAAGAUGCCUUGGAAUUUGCGAAACAGUAUGCUGAUUUGAUUCCCGAGUCACCUGCGUCUGUACAUAAUAAGCAAGUUGUAAAAGCUAGUCCUGAAAGUCAGUCGGUUUUUCGGCAGCCCACCAGUCAGCAAACGGUGCAAGUUCGCAAAGCUAUCGAAAAAGGAGAUUUCGAAAAAUUUACUUCGGCCGUUUGGUCGAAUCCUUUGUAUUUGAUAAAUGGCGCAGAUUCUCCCACCAUCAUGCAAGAAGGAACCCGUUACAAUGCUCUUCACGUGGCUUCGAAAUCCAACCGUCCGAAAAUGUGCGAGGAAAUACUGAAAACUGUGGAAGAUCCCAAGUUUUUGAAACUCCUGUACCCCGAAGAUACGGAAAUCACGAGAACGAACAGGAUUCAUCACAUCACGGAUCUUUAUUUAAAUUCUGUUGACAAAGCACUUUUGGAAACUCCUUUGCAUAUAGCUGCAAAAUUUGGAUUUCUAGAAGUGGUGAAAAUACUUCUCGCUCAUCCAUUCUGUGACAAAACUAAGAUUAAUAAAUACGGAUCUUUAGCCAAGGAGUUAAUAUGUACCAGGUGUUCCUCUGACUGCACAGAAUUGAAAGAAAAAUUAGAGAAAGCUUUUGAAGGUGAGUACUAUAUCCCGGUGCUACGAAAUGAGACUAAUGUAGUGCAGCCCAUCAUCGGCAAGCCCUGUACUUCGGAAAGCGUCAAGCAAGCGAGAUCGCCUCGCUUUUCGAAAUCCGAUGUUCACGACCCAGAAUAUUCCAUCAAAGCGUACGCUGGACCCAUGACACCCUCCUCGGCUAAAAAUUUUUAUCGUCUGUGGAAACAUCCGACUUCUCCCGCUUCACCCAUUUUUUCUUCGCCGGAACUGUGCCAAAAUGACGUUCGAUUCACCGACCUGGAGAAAGGCUUGGAACGAGUCGGGAGGAAAUUAGCUGCCGAACUGAAUGUCGAUUGGGAAGAGUAUUGGCCAGCUUUGGAUGCCUGGGUCGAUUUAACCAGUGAAAGAGGCUUGUGUAUGCUGGAAUCAUACGUAAAAAAGUUUUCGAAUCUGUUUCAAGAGGAAGAACCGGAGAAUCUUUCGGACGACGAUCAUUUCGUCACGCCCCCCAGCUCACCCGAGAAAGCGGAUGCCUUCAGUGCUGUUAAUUACAGGCCUUUCUGCACCCCACCACACACACCCGAGGAUUCGGACGAAGAGCUUACAAACGAAGAAAAUUUCAGUUUGCAGUUAUCUAAAGAAGAUAUCGGCAUGUUCCGAGCCGUAGAAUCUGUUGAAAUUGAUUCUGUUAGCUAUCCACACAUUUGCAAAUGGAAACAGGCAGUCCAAAAGCACUUGCAAUCGUGUCCUGUAAAGAAAAUCAUUUCGAGUGACAGUCCAAUUUCAUCUUUCAUUGUUGGCGACAGAUUGAGGAGCAUCAGGAGGCCUUUGUUUUGA